GGGAAGAGAAGGCGUCCCACCGGGAUGCACUGUAGCAAUCCAGCGCUUCAGCAGCUCCCGGAGCUGGAGUUUGGCUCGCCACCAGUUUCCUGUUGACGUCACCUGCUAUUUCUCUGCUGCAGUUUUUACAACUGUUGAGCUUUCAAGGGUAAUCGGAGCCGAGUCCGGCCAACCUCGGCAGCUGCCGAUGAGGGAACGCUGCUCUACCUUCCCCAAUUCCCCCCGCUUGCCUUCGCUGCUGCUUCUCCCAGCCUUGGGGACCCCUGGGAUCCGGGGACACCCGGCGAGGAGGGCUCUGUGAAGCCAGCGGGUGCUUGGGGCCAUGCAUUCCCACUGAAAAGAAUCAUCGGUGCUUGCAAGAAGUGCCGUGCGCUGGAUCCUGCGGGAAUUUUUUCCCCUCCCUCCUCCAGUCCGCCCCCAUCCCUCUCUUGUGCCAGGCGUGCCGGCGCUGCUCUUCAUUUCUGGGAAACCAUGGACAAGAAGCAAGAUUCCAAAGGAUCCUUGGAGCCACACAAACCAGUGAAAGGCAAGAAGAAGCGGGAUCUGAGGAUAACAUGUGUCCCCAUCAAACCACCCGUGGCCAACACAACGCCCCCGAGGAACUUGGACUCCAGGACGUUCAUUACCAUUGGAGAUAAAAACUUCGAGGUGGAAGCUGAUGACCUGGUGACCAUUUCGGAGCUGGGCCGUGGGGCCUACGGCGUGGUGGAGAAGGUGCGGCACGCGCAGAGCGGCACCAUCAUGGCCGUGAAGAGAAUCCGAGCCACUGUGAACACGCAGGAGCAGAAGAGGUUGUUGAUGGACCUGGACAUCUCCAUGAGGACAGUCGACUGCUUCUACACAGUCACCUUCUACGGAGCCCUCUUCCGUGAGGGUGACGUGUGGAUCUGCAUGGAACUCAUGGACACUUCCCUAGAUAAAUUCUACAAGAAAGUACUGGAGAAGAAGAAGACCAUCCCUGAAGACAUUUUGGGGAAAAUGGCUGUGUCUAUUGUACGAGCUCUGGAGCACCUGCACAGUAAACUGUCUGUAAUCCAUAGAGACGUGAAACCUUCCAACGUGCUGAUCAACAAGGAGGGGCACGUGAAGAUGUGUGACUUUGGGAUCAGUGGCUACUUGGUGGACUCUGUUGCCAAGACCAUGGAUGCUGGCUGCAAACCCUACAUGGCUCCAGAAAGAAUAAACCCUGAGCUGAACCAGAAGGGCUACAACGUGAAGUCGGAUGUCUGGAGCCUUGGGAUCACGAUGAUUGAACUGGCCAUUCUCCGCUUCCCGUACGAGUCCUGGGGGACGCCCUUCCAGCAGCUCAAGCAGGUGGUGGAGGAGCCCUCGCCCCAGCUGCCCCCUGAACGCUUCUCCAAGGAGUUUGUGGACUUCACAGCACAGUGCUUGAGGAAGAACCCAGCUGAGCGAAUGAACUAUUUAGAACUUAUGGAGCACCCGUUCUUCACCUUGCACGACACCAAAGAGACUGACAUGGCCUCCUUUGUGACAGAGAUCCUCGGGGAAGACUCCUAACUCCCAGCUCCCUGCAGUCCCUCCAUCCUGGCUUCCCCACAGGAGAGGACUCACGGUGCUUUGCACAAAUCACAAAUCCACCUCCCCGGCCUGGGGGCAUCUCUGGCCCCAGCAAAAUCUCUUUUCUCUUUGCCCUGAGAAAAAAAUUCCUCCAGGAGGAGCCUUUUGAAGCCAACACCCUCCCAGCCAAGCCAAGGACUCUGAAGGCUCAGGAGGUGCCUGGAGAGGAGCAGUGCCUGAGCAGGCAGAGGGUGCCAGAGGCCACCUCCCCUCCCCAGUACCCAGAGCACAGGACAGGGGGUUGUGUUCCUUUGCUGUCAGGGGGAGACAGAGAGAAUCAGUGCUGCUGUGCUUCUCCCACUCCUCUCCUGCCUGUCCAAAGCCACUUCCCUGGAGUCUGGUCUCACCUGCCUUCCCUCUGUGCCUGGCUCUCUGCCCCCAGGAGCCCACACAGCUUUAGGGGCUCGUGGGGCUCUCUGGGCUGCUGCUCACACCUGAGGCUGUUUGAAUGCCUGGCUCCACACCAAGGACACCUCGAGGCAGCACCAGCUCGGGCAUCCCUCUCCCUCAAUCAAUGCUGCUCUCUUGAGGAGAGGCAAAAAGGCAUUUUUCCACGAGCCCGCUGUGCUACAAGCUGCAGCCCACGCUGUCCCCACGCCUGCCCGUGGGACUUCACCCAGCACCCAUCCCUUCCCUCGUGGGCACAAGGUGAUGGAGACACAGCAGCUGCCCCAGGCUGCCUCUCCUCCCUGUGGCCCUGGGCUGGGAGGACACAUCCCUGCCCCGGGCAUCGCCUUCUGCAGCCCUGGCUGCCUCUGCCAUGUGGCUCCCUGAGAAGCCUCUGCUCCAUCUGCCUUCCAGCCUGGAGCUGCUGUCAGACCUCGCACUGUGACACUGUUCCAGAGGCCGAACUCGCACCCCUGGUGUCCCAAACUGUCCCCAAGCCCUGCGGGUGCCAGCGAGAGCCAAACCCCGGGGCCUGGCCCGGGGCUGCCGACAGUUGUACAUUUGAUGUCUAUAUAUAAUGGACUUUGUAACGUGUUUCCUAGGUUUGAUCUAACUCGCUAUAAAUUAAAGCCCUUCUGUGUGGGAGGAGGGAGGAGCAGUUCCUUCUCUGCUGACAAAUCCACUGUGAAAACCUGAUGUGUUUCCCCAAGCUCCCAGCCCGAGGAGCAGGAGGGGUUUCUGGCUUCUACUGUACAUGAUCACGGAUAAACACACCGGCUGUGGAUUUUGGUUUGGUUUUUUUUUUUUUCUUUUUUUUUUAAUAAUUGAGUUUUUCUGAAGGAUUUUUUUUCUUUUCUAAUAUAUAUUUGUGUGUGUGUAUGUGUGCUCUAUAUAUUAUAUAUUUUUAAAUCAAUGAUGAAUGUGUGGAUGUCUAUGUGGCCAGCAGAUCUGGUGUAAUAACAUUUUUCUGGCUAAAUUUGGGCAGGUGGGGAAGGGGUCACUAGAAAACACUCUGGUCUAAGAAUACAUUCUUUUUCUUUCUUUUUUUAAAGAAAUGCAUCUAUUUUUUAACUGAAUCUUUUAAAAAUGUUAUUCCUGAAAUUCAUGCCCUGGAGGUCUGGAUUUCAGGGUGAAUUUCUAGUGUUCAGGGUCCCCCACAAUGAAGAAUGAUGUCCCCUUAAAUUCAUUAUCCCCCUCCUGCAGUCCAGGGUUUGACACAGUGCUGGGGAACCCCUGCCUGGGAACUGGGCUGCUCCACACCAUCUAUCCCCACGAGCUGCUCCUGGGAAAGCUGCUUUGGAGCAAAUGUUUUUCAGCCCUUGAUGUAUCACACAGCCAGGCUUUUCCUGUGCCGUCCCUCUGAUCCCCCUCCCUGAGUCAGCAAACCCUGAGGAACCCAGCCCAGGUGGAGCUGCACAAACCCUGUUACAGCUUCAGUUCGACCCUGACCCCCCAGCCCACCUCUGGAUGGAAAAUAAGGGAGUGAUUGAUGUUCUCCAUGUCUCCCUCCUCCACAUCCUGCUCUGCAAACCACCCAACACUCACCUGUACCUGCUUGGUUUGACAGCUUUGCUGCCGAGAUGUACAAUUGUAUUUUUUUUCAUAGUUGGUUACUUUGGAUUAUUUUUGUUUUGAGUUGAGCUUUUGGGUUUUCUCCCUUCUCUCUUUGUUUAAACCUUCUUCCCCUUUAUCUCACCCUUUUUUGGUGCUUUGGGAAAUGGUGUUCGUUUUUUAAAAAAAAAAACUUUUUUUUUGCAUGCUUUUUUUUUCUGCAUUUCUCCUGGAGAAAAUCCUGAUUUCUGUGGUUUUGGAUAAUGGAGCAUCUGCCCUUUCAAGCACAGGGGAGAUGGCUCUGGGGUGGGCUUGGGCCCCUGUGGAUGAGCUGAGGCUUUGCUGAGGAGGCAGACACACCACAUCCUCCCUGUGCCAUCUCCUCUGCUUCAUUCAACACAGGUCUUACCUGUCCAAAUCCCGUGUCCCUUUUCCCUUCCCUGCUUCCCUGUCCCACCUCCUUCCCUCUGCAGUGGCAGUUCCCUGGGGGAUAACCAGCUUGGCUUUAAGGUGGGCAAGGAUUUUGACUUGCAUGGGAAGCCCCUCUCACCUUAUAUUUUUGGGAAUGAUCUGUACCCUCAACCCCCAUCCUUGUUUCCAAUAAAACUCACCCUCAAACCUG